CUUUACAAACCAAACUAAUCAAAUUAUCACAACACAAAGAAAGAAAAAAUAAGAAGAAAACAAAGUAAUAGAUAAAAUAACAAUAAAAAUAUCAAUGUCGACAAGAUAGAGAGUCGAAAGAAGUCUCGACUCUAGAUCUAGAACCGAACGGACUGAUGGCGGGCAGGAGACAGUGACAGUGAGAGGAGAGCGCCAUCUUUAUCACGUUUUAUCGGCGCCAUCGCUCAGUAUUGCAUUACUUAAGUGGCGCCAUUGUAAUCCACGGCGCUUCAGUGAUUUAUGGAGCAAAGAAGACGCGUGUGGGAGCUGCAGGGGCGCCACAAUCAGGUGGCUCUUUGCAAUGGUUCGUGAGAUGUGGGUAGGGGGGCGAGGCUCCCCGCCACCCCCCCUCCAGGCUGUUCUUCCCCCCGCCCUCCUCCUCCUCCACCUCCUCCUCGUCCUCCUCCUUUCGCUACCGAGGACGGAGGCGGGCAGUCCACAGCUGAACUAUCGAGAGAAAGAGAAGGAUAUACUGGACGAACUAUUCAAGAAGAGCCAUUAUGAUAAGCGUAUUAGACCAUCGGGGGUAAAUGGGACAGCAAACAACCCGACAAUAGUAAGAAUAAAUAUGAUGUUUCGAAGCAUACAAACUAUAGACGAUGUUAAAAUGGAAUACAGUGUCCAGUUGACCUUUAGGGAAGAGUGGAAUGAUGACCGGCUGAAAUUUGAUGACCUUGAGGGACGCAUCAAGUACCUUACCCUGACGGAGCCGAGUAAGGUGUGGAUGCCUGACCUCUUCUUCAAAAAUGAGAAACUAGGGCAUUUUCACGACAUAAUUUUGCCCAAUGUUUAUUUAAGGAUAUUCCCUAACGGUGGUGUCCUGUAUAGCAUAAGAAUAUCACUUACUCUCUCUUGUCCAAUGAAUCUACAACUCUACCCACUGGACACUCAGACUUGUGAACUGCUCCUUGCUAGUUAUGGGUGGACCACAGAGGACCUGGUCUUUCUGUGGCGUGAAGGAGACCCAGUUCAAAUCACACAGAAUCUUCACCUUCCUCGAUUUACGCUGGAGAAAUUUAUGACUGAAUAUUGCAACAGUAACACUAAUACAGGCGCUUACUCCUGCUUGAAAGUCGACCUCCUUUUCAAGCGAGAGUUCUCCUACUACCUACUGACUAUCUACAUCCCCUGCUGCAUGCUGGUCAUUGUGUCUUGGGUCUCCUUCUGGCUGGAUCAAAACGCGGUGCCUGCUCGUGUCAGCCUGGGAGUUACAACACUGCUAACCAUGGCCACGCAGACUUCAGGGAUCAAUCAGAGCCUUCCGCCAGUAUCCUACACUAAGGCCAUUGACGUUUGGACUGGCGUUUGUUUGACGUUUGUUUUCGGUGCUUUGCUGGAGUUCGCGCUUGUAAACUACGCUUCAAGGUCCGACAUACACCGAGAACAGCAGAAAAAACAGAGGAGACAGUGGGAGUUUGAGCACCAAGCGGCCAUGGAAGGGGACGGAGAGGGAGAUGGCCCAGCCACGUUUGCAAUGGCACGUCAGUGUGAGAUCCACAUGCGCACACAGCCCCCCCGGAGAUGCUGUGCCUCCUGGCUCUCUAAGUUUCCAUCAAGAAGCAAGAGAAUUGACGUCAUUUCGCGCAUCACCUUUCCUUUGGUGUUUGCGCUCUUCAACGUGGUGUACUGGAGCACCUACCUGUUCCGCGAGGAGGAGGAGGUGCCCCCCCAUCCCUAAGGACCCCCAGGAUACCCCACAGGAAGGAGAAAGCCAAGGAUUCCAAGGAUAUCAGAAUAACUUUGUGCGUUGGAUAAAAUUUGUGAACUGUGUAUUUAAGCUUGUUUCUCUGGAGUCCUGUGUUAUCAAGGGCAAGGAGGAAGUGCCCCCAUCCCUAAGGACCCCAGGAUACCCCACAGCAAGGAUGGGAAGGCCAGGAUUCAAAGGAUAUGCAGACAGGAGUGUGUGUGUAGCGUUUAACAUGAAAAUCUUAAGGAAAGCAGAUUUUUGGGGUAAAUUUCAUGUUUCCCUGGGGUUUCCUGGGGUUUCUACUUGUUGAGGGGCUAGGAGGAGGUGCCCCCAUCCCUAAGGACUCCAGGAUACCCCACAGGAAGGAUGGGAAGGCCAGGAUUCAAAGGAUAUCAAGGAAGUAAUUUGUAGUGAAGGAUAUGAAAAAGUGUGUGUGUGUUCGUGUGUGUUUCAAGAAAAGGUAUUUUUUGUGGAAUAUUUUACAUUUCCUGGGGUUGAAGGGCAAGGAGAAGGGCCCCCUAAUCCCUAAGGACCCCAGGAUACCCCACAGCAAGGAUGGGAAGUUAUGAAUUCAAAGGAUAUGAUGAGAAAAGAUUGUGUCAGAGAGAGAAAAAAAAUAUACUGAAAGAUUUGAACUAAUUUUUGUGUAUUUAAGCUUGUUUCUCUGCAGUCCUGUGUUAUCAAGGGCAAGGAGGAAGUGCCCCCAUCCCUAAGGACCCCAGGAUACCCCACAGCAAGGAUGGGAAGGCCAGGAUUCAAAGGAUAUGAAGACAGGAGUGUGUGUGUGUAGCGUUUAACAUGAAAACCUUAAGGAAAGCAGAUUUUUGGGGUAAAUUUCAUGUUUCCCUGGGGUUUCCUGGGGUUUUCUGGGGUUCCUACUUGUUGAGGGGCUAGGAGGAGGUGCCCCCAUCCCUAAGGACCCCAGGAUACCCCACAGGAAGGAUGGGAAGGCCAGGAUUCAAAGGAUAUCAAGGAGGGAGUGAAAGGAUAUGAAAUAGAGUAUGUGUGUGUGUGUGUGUUAGAGAGAGAGAGAGAGAGAGAGAGAGAGAGAGAGAGAGAAGUGUUUGCUGCCAGUAUUAAUAUAUGAAUAGAUAAUU